AGUGCAUGUGGACUACAUACACAUGAGUAAAGACACGGACAGAAGAGCUGCUCGUGGACUGUAUUGAGAGCCUUGCCCUGAACCAGACGGAGUUAUGUACUGUGCCCAUCCUGUCUCUGGAACAGGAAACAACUCAAUGAUGUACUGCUACAACAUGAAACCGGUUUACGGGCAGUCUCCCACUAAUGACGACAUCAACCAGAACUCAUCUUCAUAUCCGUCCACCAAGGCCCACAGCAAUGUGUUCGCAAGCACCUUCUUUGAGGGGAUGAGCAAUUCGCCUGACAUCUGGAACGCUGUAAAUGGGCUGAACCAGCAGGGCUAUGAAGGUGCACUGGGAGCAGCCACAGCCCACCAAACACAGCCUGGCAGCUACAGCAGCCUGCAGCCAACACAACACAGUCACCUGGACUACUCUCCACAGUCAGUGAUGGCUGCCGACAUGAACAGGGGUCUCCCACCAAUGUCCACUUUUCACCGCAACAAUACAGCAUCACGCACUCCGUCAGGCAACACCUCAGAGAACUCAACAGUCUCAGGGAACAAGGGACAUGUGUCAGGAGGGUCACAGACAGGCGAUACCUUGGGCAAAGCUCUGGCCUCUAUUUAUUCCCCCGAUCACACCAGCAGCAGCUUCCCCUCCAGCUCGUCUACACCGGUGAGGUCUCCGUCCCCGCUGCAGAACGCAGCUGAACCUGCAGGUACAAACAUGUGGCCUCGGGGUUCAGUUCAGGCACCAGUGUCACCACACUAUGAGUCUUCACUUAUAUCAUUGUCUCAGGUGGAGGACCGCCUGGACAGACUGGACGACGUGAUCCACGUCCUGAGGAACCACGCUGUGGGCCCCACGGCCGUCCUGCCCACCGACAUCCACGGCCUGCUGAACCAGAACCUCCACGGCCACCUGGGACCGGCCAGCACUCUGCCGCUCACCUGCCACACUUCAGCCAUGGUUGAAGCUGUCAAUAUGAACAACAACCACUCAGCCUUCCAGAGUCGCACACAAAACGGCCACCCGUACCAGGCCAGACCGAGGACCACGCUUCAGCCCAUGCAGAGUGGAGGAGGUCUGGGAGUUCAGAAUAAUCUGGAGCUGAAGAUGGAAAGCAGGGAAAGGGAAGAGAUGAUGCACACCAGUCACAGCUCUGACAGCCAGAGAUCAGAUGAGGAGAGUGACCUCAAAACACAAGGAGAACACAGCGGAAGUAACAGUAUCCACGAGGACGGGGAUGAAGAUCUGAGUCCGGAGCAGAAGGCCGAGCGUGAGCGCGACAGGAGGAUGGCCAACAACGCCCGUGAACGUCUGCGUGUGCGGGACAUCAACGAGGCCUUCAAGGAGCUCGGUCACAUGUGUCAGCUGCACCUGAAGAGCGAGAAGCCGCAGACCAAGCUUCUGGUUCUGCACCAGGCCGUGUCGGUGAUCCUCAGCCUUGAGCAACAAGUCAGAGAGAGGAACCUGAACCCGAAGGCAGCGUGUCUGCGGAGGAGGGAGGAGGAGAAGGCGUCUGCAGUCAUGAACGACCCACAGUCCAUUCAUCUGGCUUACCAUCCCAGUGUGACAGACGCAUCAAACCCCAUGGGCCACCUCUGAUCAUCUGAUAAUACCGGCAUCAAAUCCAGCAUAAAAUGAGUGAAGAGCAUACCAGGAAACAUCCAGCUGUUUUGGAGGUCCAGCAUUUCUCCGGGCUUCGGAGGACGACCUCUCCGUUGAACAAUCAGUCUAACUUUGUGCCUAAACUUUACUUGUAACAGACAAAUGCAUUGUAAGCUGCAGAUGUUUUGUACAUAUUUUGUAUAUUUAUUGAUUAUCUGUCUGUUUUGAAUAUAUCUGAAAGGAUGAAACCCAAAAGGGACUCGGGGUCAUCUGCAGUUUUUAAUUUUUUGGCAGAGCCAGAUAACUUUUGGACUUUUACAGUGUAUCAUUAUUUACCACGUACUCUCGUGAUUUUCACCGAGCUCAGAGGAACAACAUUCACACAUCUGUGUGUUCAGACAACGGAUUUCAUUUGUCCUGUGGUGUGUGGGUGUGUGUGUGUGUGUGUGAGCUGUUGUGUGCGACCGUUUGUGUGAGUAUUGCAGGAGUUUGACCAUUCUGUGAAUGAACAGAUCUCCGAGAAUGAUCUUGUAACACGUGGGCUUCAUCUGUUUUCUGUAAAUUUGUUACAAAUUUGUGUUAAAGCAUUGUUAACAGGAUUAUACUUAAUGAUACCCUGGUGGACAGAAUCCCUCCUCUUCUCAGUGUAAUUAUUGCUCUUCGGACAUAGUCCAAGCUCUUUGCAUGUUUGAGUUUUUAAUAGAACAUUACAUUUUUUCUAAGUUAUGUAACUUAUCUUUUAUACAAAUAUUGUGAAUUUCAUAAUGUCUCUAUUUACUUUUACACAGAAAAAACAUUUUUGUGCAGUUUUACUAGAUGUAGCCACAUGUCAUGCUCUGAGCAAUACAGUAUUACAGAAUAAUUGAUGUCUUGUUUGCUUAUCACUCUGCUGAACAAAUAAUAAAUAAUAAUCAUAAAUAAUCUGUAAUACUCCUAUCAUAACAUGUACAGUAUGUGUACAGUUUGAAGUAGCCUUCAGGCAUGUGUCGAAAUGAUAA